AUGGAGAUGCCCAACAGCACGACGGCGGCCAACGGCAGCCAGCCGACUAGCCCGGCGCCCGCGGCCACCCUGGGUUACCAGCUGGGCACGUCGGUGGUGCUGGGCGCGCUGAUCUUGUUCGCCGUGGUGGGCAACGCGUGUGUCAUCGCCGCCAUCGCCCUGGAGCGCACCUUGCAGACUGUGGCGAACUACCUGAUCGGCUCCCUGGCCGUCACGGACCUGAUGGUGUCGGUGCUCGUGCUGCCCAUGGCCGCCCUGUACCAGGUGCUGGGCAAGUGGACGCUGGGCCAGGUGACCUGCGACAUCUUCAACUCCCUCGACGUGCUGUGCUGCACCUCGUCCAUUCUGCACCUGUGCGCCAUCGCCCUGGACCGCUACUGGGCCAUCACGGACCCCAUCGACUACGUCAACAAGCGGACGCCCCGUCGGGCCGCCGUCCUCAUCAGCCUGACGUGGCUGAUCGGCUUCCUCAUCUCCAUUCCGCCCAUGCUGGGCUGGCGGACCCCAGAGGACAGGGCCGACCCCAACGCCUGCACCAUCAGCAAGGACCCCGGCUACACCAUCUACUCCACCUUCGGCGCCUUCUACAUCCCGCUGCUGCUCAUGCUGGUCCUCUACGGGCGCAUCUUCAAGGCGGCGCGCUUCAGGAUCCGCAAGACCGUCAAGAAAGCAGACAAGAAGCAGCAGCAGCACGAGGACUCGGAGAAGGUGGCCGACACCUGCCUGUCGGCCUCGCCGUCCAGCGGGGAGCCCAAGCGGAGCAACGGGGGUCCCCAGCAGCAGGCCAAAAGCUGGAAAAGCGCCGUCGAGCCCAAAGGGCCUGAGGGCCCGUGCGUCAAUGGGGCCCUCCGGCUGGGAGAGGACGGCCCGGUGGCUGCCUUGGAAAUCCUCGAGGUCAACCCGUCCAACUCCACCAAGAGCCACCUGCCCCUGCCCAACCACCAUCACCAUCAUCACCACCAUCACCACCACCACCACCACCCUCCCCAAGGCAGCUCGGGGGCGGCCACGCCGUCGACGGAGCGCAAGAACGAGCCCAAGAACGCAGAGGCCAAGCGCAAGAUGGCCCUGGCCCGGGAGAGGAAGACGGUCAAGACUCUGGGCAUCAUCAUGGGCACCUUCAUCCUGUGCUGGCUGCCCUUCUUCAUCGUGGCGCUGGUCUUGCCCUUGUGCGGCUCGGGCUGCUACAUGCCGGACUGGCUGGGCGCCGUCAUCAACUGGCUCGGCUACUCCAACUCGCUCCUCAACCCGGUCAUCUAUGCCUACUUCAACAAAGAUUUCCAAAGUGCUUUUAAGAAGAUCAUCAAGUGCAAGUUUUGCACGCAGUGA